UAGUGUCCGCUCCCACCCACCAGAAUCAGAUCUGCCCCUCACACACCACCCAAAAGCUAGUAUAGUCACAAGUCUGUGAACCACGGGACUGCCAGCAGCGUUGGGAGCCUCAGCGUUCCUCAUACAGGAUGGGCCUCCUCCUACUGCUCACCUCCACGCUCCUGUCCACCUACUUCCAUCCAGGGAGUGUGGUGAACGCACAGCGAAUAUUCACGAUAAGAGAAAUCACCCUGUCCAUUGAGCCCAGCACUGACGUGAUUCGGGACACUAACGUGACUCUGAGAUGCAAGGCCAUCGUCAGCAGCACUGGUCAGGAGACGCUGAGUCGUGAGUACACUAUAUACAAGGACGGCAACAAAGUCUACACCAAGACCUCUAGCACCUCGGAGGAUCUCCUGUACCCCCUGCUUGAGGCCAGAGUCUCCAACACUGGCAAAUAUAAGUGCAUGAUCAACAUUGAGGGGAAAAACAUGACCAGUGAAGCCAAGAAACUCACAGUAACAGGCCUGUCGAAACCAGUUCUCCACCUUAACAAAGAUGUGUUCAGUGAAGGGGAGGAGAUAACGGCCAGGUGUAUAGCGCCCAGCGAGAGAGGCUCCAUUUUCUUCUACUUCUUUGAGGACAACAAAGAAAUUGUGGAGAGGCAGGUCAACUCCAACCAGGCAGAGGCUAAGCUUCACUUCAGCAGUGUCGGCAUCCACAAAGUUCACUGUGCUUAUACUGUCCUCAUAACACCAGACUCCGUCAAGUCCGAGGAAAGCAACGCUGUUAAUGUGUCAGUGAAAGCUCUUCCCAUCACAGCAGUUUUGGAGAUUUUCCCGCGGUCCAAUAUCUAUGAAGGAGACCAACUUGUCAUCUUGUGCUCAGUUAGAAAUGGUCAGCAUGGCUUUGACACCUCUACCAGAAACCUCCACCUCUUCCUGAGCCAGGGGAGCCAGCUUCUCAACAGUGGCGACACCAAAGUGAACUACAGCAUGGUUGCUCUGGCAAAGGACCCUGGGGAGUUUGAGUGCAGAGUAGAGAUGAAGGGUUUAGUGAAAGUUGACUCAAAAAAGAUUUCAGUGACUGAGCUGUUUUCAGUGCCCACUCUCACCAUGUCUCCUACUGAAGUCUUUCGAAGGGAAUAUAUGACACUAACCUGCAAAAGUGAGAGCACUGCCUCUGAGAGACUCAGCAGGGAAGAGUUGACUUACACUCUUGAUCCACCUGAAAGCCCACUGAUCCCUAAAGGACAUGGAGUAUUUGCUGGCAAUGCCCUGUCGCAUGAUUUCAACUAUACCUGUGCAGCUCAAGCCAAAGGCAUUGUGAAACAUAGUGAAAUCCUCACUGUACGUCCCAAAGUUUCUGUCUCCGCUCCAAAGAUCACAGUGGUCGGCAGGGCAGUCCUAGGACAGCCCAUCAAGAUCCUCUGUCAGUCGGAAAUUGGCAGCCUGCCAAUAAACUACACGCUGAUUAGGGGAUACACCGACUUGAGCACAAUUGUUGUCAAGCUGCCCUUUCAACAAGCUCUCUUCACAGUCAACAUCACCAAGCCUGAUGAAAUCAGUGAGUACAUGUGCAGAGCAAAGAAUAGUCACAAGAUCCGGGAUGGUGUGCGCAGUGGAGGACUCAACGCUAACGUCACAGUGCCUCUGACGCAGCCAACCCUGACCGUCAUUCCCCAUCUACCAGAAAUCUCUGAGGGAGAUCAUCUCUACCUCAUAUGUGGUGUUAAAGGCACUCCACCGGUAACCUUCAAGUGGUACCGUGAUGGCCACGAACAACCGCUGUACACCACCACCUCCAACAAGAACAACACAGACUACCAGGUCCCCACUUUGUCCAAAGAGCACAGUGGCACAUACUACUGCGAGGCUUUCAACCACGCCAACAAAGUCCGCAGUGACCGGGUCACCAUAGAGGUGCGCCAGGCUUUAUGGAAGAAAGCGGUGAUCGGGGGCUUCUGUCUGCUGGCGGUGAUUGUGUUGGUAGUGGUGGCUGUGCUGUGCUUCAGAUCCAAGAGAGGUCAAAGAGAAGCAGCUGCUGAAUUGUCAGUAAAGCCUUCGAGCCCUAAAUCAGAUGACUCUUUAACAGUGAAUCUAACCCACAACACAGAGGUUUAUAACGCAGCCACAGACGCAGCGCCACUCUAUGAUGGCAAGGAGGGGAGAGUGACCAAUGGGGCGCGAGAUAGCGUGGCGUCGCUUCCCGUUGACAUCAGCAACAGGAGCAGCUACAGUAUCCCAGCCACAGUGUAGAGAUGCCCCACAAUCGGCGGGACUUGAAUUUGACUUUUUUUUUUAACUUUUAAAGAAAAGGAAUUUCAAAGAAAGGACUUUGAGAGCAAGAAUGCAAAGGAACUGAAGAGACAGUAAUCCUGCUUGUGAUGUCAAGUGUUGUAGGAUUUGGACAUUUUCUUCACUGAUGAGUUUCCUCAUCAGGACCCGCUGCUCCCUCUCCCCUCCUCCUGCAAUCUAGAUGACCUUUGAUUUUAUACUUAACAUUAUUGUCUUUGUCCUUUUGUUUCUUUCAUCACCAUGUCUGUGUGAUUCCAUGUCUUUUAUUGUUACAACUGCUCUGUUUGUCUGAUGUGCAUGUUUUAAGGCCCAGUGUUUAGGAUUUAGGGGGAUAUAUUGGCAGAAAUGUAAUAUAAUAGGUAUGUUUUCUUUAGUGUAAAAUCUCCUUAAACUAAAAAUUGUUGUUUCAUUACCUGAGAAUGAGCCAUUUAUAUUGACAUAGGGAGUGGGUCCUCGUCCACAAUAAUCACUUAAUCAUAAGCAAGUAAAAACUUCCCUAACAUCUAGAUCUUAAGUUAUCAGAGGAAAAGGUGCUGUGCCAAACAGCACCCAAGACACACUGAUUUGUAAAAAUGAAACUGCUUUAUUCACUGUUUUUUUACCUGUUUCAAUCAUCGGGUCUGUUUGUUUUGGAGAAGAAGAGACCUCUGAAGAUAAUUUGGCUCUUGGUAAAAACCUACUGAAUAAGGAACACUGUAGGAAUUUUAUGCAGGAGAAGUUUCAGCUGGUUGUAAUCUGCAAUCCUCACUGCUAAAUGCUGCUAAAAUCCCCCCUAAGUCUUACACACUGUUCCUUUAAAUGGGUAUGGGGACAGAUUGAUUUGUAUAUACAUUUUAUCACCAUCACAGGAAAUGUGUGUGUAUAUUUUUGGUUGAGACACUUGUAGAAUAAAGAUGUUGGUUU